UAAUUCGACCGAACACAUGUCGGAUCUAAACCCGAACUCCGAUUAGGAUCAUCCUCCUCGUCGUCGUCCUCGUCCCGCUCCUCCCCAUUUCCCUUCCCCUCGAGCGGGGCGCACAUGGAUCGAUUCAAAACCCUAAAGCGGAUCCAGGUCGAGCUCUCGGAGGACCCCGAGGAGAACGGCGGCGACGGAGAGGCGGCGCAGGCCAAUGGCGGCGGCGGCGGCGGCGGAGGUGGGGAAGAGGAGAGGGCGGCGGGGGAUCCGGGGUUGUUCAUGGGGAUGAAGGUGCGGAGGAGAGCGUCGAUCCAUAGGGAUUGUAAGGGGGAUUACAUCGGCGUCCCCUCCGAUCCCUACCUCACGAAGAUCUUAUCCAAGCAAGGGGACAAAAAAGUUCUGUUUGCAGACAAGAUUUUGAAGUUCACGGGAUCAGGGAAGAUGAAAAAACGCAUUUUGGUGAUCACAGAUUUUGCCAUCUAUCUUGUUGACCCUGAAGCUGAUGUCCUAAAGCGGCGGAUAGCACUGGCGGCCGUCGAAAGGCUAUGUCUUAGCAAGCUGAGCGACAAUUUCUUUGCAAUUAUUAUUCCCACAGAGUACGACUGCCUUAUGGCCAGCACUAGGAAAACAGAAAUUGUUAAUGUUCUAGUUGAGGUUACUAAAAGCACAUCUGACUAUGAACUCGAGGUUGUUUUCUCCAACAGGUUUGAGUACAAUGCUGCUGCCGACAUGGUCAAAGAAGUAGAAUUCGAGGAAGUAGAUGGAGGUAUAAAAACAAGGAUUGCAAAGAAAGAGAGCAACUGAUGCGGAGUCAAAAGCGCCUGUUCUAAGCGACUUUGAUCAUUCAAAAGGAGGAGAAUUUAGUUUUAUUCUUUUUUUUCUUUUCACUGUGAAGUCUCUUAUGUAUACGCAAGUUUCUGUUCAUUUUUCUCUCAUUCUGUCAAUUGAAUUGUUGUUCUUCUCUUGGUGACUCACUACUCCUUGCUCUGUUUAUAAUAGUACUCAAUUUCGUGUCACUGCUGUGUCUCAUUUCUCUGUUUCUGGGCUCCUGCGCACUUUCGGGAACACCUGAAACUGAGUUCAUCUUCUUCUUGUACUA